AUGUGGCGGUCGCCGGCGACGGGAGGAGGCGGCGCCGGGCUUCUCCGGUGGCCGGUCCGGCGACGGGCGCCGGUGGACGGCGCGGGCGGCGCGGAGGCGGCUCGGCGACGACAACAAGGAGGCGCGGAGGCGGGGUCCGAGCGGCGAGGGGCGCCGGCGGGAUUUGGUGGCGGAUAUGUGGCCGGAGGGCGUGGGAGGCGCGCCGGCGGGGCGGCGGCGGAGCGAGGCGCUCAGGGGAGGCACGCGGGAGCCGAGGCGCUCGGGCCAGCGGCGGCGGCGGACGGGCCGCGCGGGCUCGCUGCGGGCUUCGGUGGGCCGGCGGCGGUGGGAGGCGGAGGGGCCACGUGGCGCGAGGAGAGUGGCUGCGGGCGGUGGCUCGGGCGUGUCCGGCGGCGGGCGGACACGUCCGGCGGCUGA